UUUUCAAUUUCAUUGUCACUUUCUGUAGAACACAGUGCACCUGUACUUGUUCUCCAACUUUCUAGAUGUCUCUCUUUCACGUUCCACUCGAAAUCUGCUCUUCCUUAAAUGGAUUCCACAAUGUUUUUCAAUUUCCAAGAACUCAAUUUCAGUUCAGAGCAUUUUUCAUCACACCCACAUGGCAACUCUUUCUGCUACUUCAUCUUCUUCUUCUUCUUGGUCCCUCAAAAACAGGAGGCCCCAUUACCUACCUCCUAUUUCUUCAAUUUCCAAGAACCCAAUUUGCCGAAAUACCCUCUUCUCGUUUUCCUCGUACAACCCAAAAAGAUUGAAUCUUUAUGUUCCUUACAAAAAAAGAUUGAAUUUUUAUGUUAAAGCUGCCGAAGAAGAUGAACCCUCAUCUUCUUCUUCUGUGGCUGUAGCUUCAGAAGAAAAUGAUUCUCCAAAGAAUGAUGCUCAUAUUCAAGAGGGUGAGAGUGGUGCUCAGCAUGAGACUGAGUCUGAGAGGAUAGAGAGGGAGAAACAGCAAGAAAUGGAUUGGAAAACAGAUGAGGAAUUCAAGAAGUUUAUGGGGAAUCCCUCAAUUGAGGCUGCUAUAAAACUUGAGAAAAAGAGAGCUGAUAGGAAGCUGAAAGAGCUUGAUAGUGAAACCACUAGCAACCCACUAGUGGGCUUCUUUAAAAAUUUGGUUCGUGUUAGUUUGUCCAAAGAGAAAGAGAGGUUGGAAAAAGCAGAGGAAGCUUUUGUAGCUCUUGAUCUUAAUAAGCUAAGGAAUUGCUUUGGCUUUGAUACGUUCUUCACGACUGAUGUGAGGAGAUUUGGAGAUGGGGGCAUUUUCAUUGGGAACUUGAGGAGGCCUAUUGAUGAAGUAAUACCCAAAUUGGAGAAGAAGUUAUCAGAGGCUGCUGGACGGGAGGUCGUCUUGUGGUUUAUGGAGGAAAAGACAAAUGAUAUUGUAAAGCAGGCUUGUGUGGUACAACCCAAGUCAGAGAUGGAUCUUGAAUUUGAAUCAACCAAAUUAAGUACUCCUUGGGGAUACAUCAGUGCUGUAUCUUUGGCCGUAACAACUUUUGGCACUAUAGCUUUGACCAGUGGUUUCUUCCUUAAGCCUGAUGCUACGAUUGAUGAUUACUUGGCCAACGUUGUACCCCUUUUUGGUGGCUUCUUGACCAUUUUGGGAGUUUCAGAGGUAACCACAAGAGUAACUGCUGCGCGCUAUGGUGUCAAACUUAGUCCAUCUUUUCUUGUUCCAUCCAAUUGGACUGGGUGCCUGGGUGUUAUGAAUAACUACGAGUCCCUGCUACCAAAUAAAAAGGCUCUAUUUGAUAUUCCAGUUGCUCGUACAGCAAGUGCAUACUUGACAUCGCUAAUACUUGCAGUUGCUGCUUUUGUGGCUGAUGGAAGCUUUAAUGGAGGCGACAAUGCAUUGUACAUAAGACCUCAGUUCUUUUAUAACAAUCCGUUGUUCUCCUUCAUUCAAUACGUUAUUGGACCAUAUACUGAUGAUCUUGGGAAUGUGCUACCUUAUGCUGUUGAAGGUGUGGGAGUUCCUGUUGAUCCCCUUGCUUUUGCUGGACUUUUAGGUAUGGUUGUUACAUCUUUAAACCUGUUACCAUGUGGAAGACUAGAAGGUGGGCGCAUUGCACAAGCUAUGUUUGGCAGGAGCACAGCUACAUUGCUAUCUUUCGCGACUUCCCUAUUGCUAGGAAUAGGUGGUCUAAGUGGAAGCGUGCUAUGUCUGGCAUGGGGACUGUUUGCAACCUUCUUCCGCGGAGGUGAGGAAGUCCCAGCACAAGAUGAGAUCACCCCACUUGGAAAUGAGAGAUUUGCUUGGGGUUGUGUACUCUUCUUGAUGUGUUUCCUAACACUUUUCCCUAACCUUGGUGGCACAUUCUCUAGUUCAUUUUUUGGUGAUCCAUACUUCCGCGGUACUCUGUAAUUUGUAGUGUUGACUUAUACCAAAUGUAUUAUAAAGUUCUAUUUUUUUGUUUGU